AUGGGCAUCUUCCCGAUGAUGUUCUAUCUGUUGGUACUUGGGUUACUAGGACAGCCAACGGCUCUAGCAUCUGGAGUUGUAACAAGCCAGCAGAGCCCUGAGGGGAACUGGGCGCAACCAUCACGUGCCGGUGGCACACUCGCUGGUUGCCCAACGAGCUGCGGCAACCUGAGCUUCGCCUAUCCCUUCGGCAUCGGAUCCAGGUGCUCCCGUGGGCCUGACUUCAACCUCAUUUGCAACGACACCGCUCAGCCCCCCAAGCUCUUCUUGCAUGACGGCAUCACCGAGGUGAUCAAACUCGACAAUCUUCUUUCUGUUUAUAACACUAUCCAUGCCUCCUUCUUGCAUACCAUCCACAUGGAAUCUGGUGUCAGUGUGUACAACUAUUCUUUGAAACCACCUGGGGGUUCCUUCUCUCUUGAAUGCAUUGUUCUAAACAUUACCAGCUGUGACAUGGAGGUAUACUCUGUCGUAGACAAUGCCACCACGUUGAAAUGCCGCACUGCAUGUCUGGAUCCAAGAACCCCAGAGAUGGUAGCUAUGCACAACUGUAAAAAUACAUUCGGAUGCUGUCGUAUUAAAGGCUACGGUAGCGUCAGUUUUCAGUUCAAAUUUGGCUCAAACCACGGCCAAAGCAACAUUGAUGCACGCUCUAACCAGACCUCUCAACUGUGGGAUAGAAUCAGCAUAACUAAUGAUGGGCUGAGUGGCUUUCAGCUAUCGUGGCAGAUAGUUGACAAAUCCAACUGUGUUGCUGCCAAGCAAAACAGGACAGACUAUGCCUGUAUCAGCGAGUAUGCCGAGUGCACUGAUAGCGCAACCGAUUUCUGCAUCAAAGAUGCCGCGUGCAUAAUUGGCCCAAGCUAUGGCUACACCUGCAAGUGUAGGACUGCCUAUACAGGCAACCCCUACAUUGUAGAUGGUUGCUCCAACGAUAGAGGGUAUAAUCCAACUCCGACCAGGGCAAAUUGUACACGUCGGUGUGGUAACACUAGUGUGCAAUUCCCCUUCGGCUUAGAGGAGGGUUGCUUUGCCAGGAAAGAGUUUCACCUCAACUGCACAAAUACGACAUCAUCAGCUGCCCUGGUCAUGUUCGAGAACAAUCAGGUUACUGACGUAAAUGUUGAUGAAGGGACCAUUAAUGGCACCAUUCUGGACCAACAAUCGGGGAAUUCCCUGUUGUUUGUAUUAUAUUCUAAUGGUCUUUUUUCUACACAUGGGUUAUUUUUCUCUCUGAAUUGGGUUGCUGCUAAUCUGAGUUGUGCAGAGGCCCAACAGAAUAGAUCUGGAUAUGCUUGUGUGAGUACGAACAGCAAGUGUAUGAAAGUAACAACUGAAGGGGUCUAUGCUGGUUACCGCUGUAAAUGCUCAGAUGGCUUCCAAGGAAAUCCAUACAUCAAAACCGGUUGUCAAGACAUCAAUGAAUGCCUUCAACGGGACAGUUGUGAAGGGAUCUGCCAUAAUACCGUAGGAAGCUUCUAUUGUACUAAAUGUCCUCGCAAGACUGAGUAUGAUCCAUUAAAGAUGCAGUGUACUAGAACAAAACCACAGCCUCUGCUCUUAGGUAUAAUUAUUGGGCUGUCAUGUGGUUUCGGCGUUCUACUUCUGAGCUUCAGUGCAGUAUUUUUCACUCGUAGGUGGAAAAAGAAUGUUCAAAAGCAACUACGGAAGAACUAUUUCAGAAAGAACCAAGGUCUUCUCCUAGAAACAUUGAUAUCAUCUGAUGAAACUGCAAAUGAUAAUACAAAGAUUUUCUCGUUAGAAGAGCUAGAGAAGGCAACAAACAACUUUGAUCCUGCACGUAUCAUCGGACGUGGGGGGCAUGGCAUGGUUUACAAAGGCAUAUUGUCUGAUCAGCGUGUUGUUGCAGUAAAAAAGUCUAAGGUCAUUGAGCAGUCUGAGAUCAGUCAAUUCAUCAAUGAGGUUGCAGUCCUCACUCAGAUAAACCACAGAAAUAUUGUGAAGCUCUUUGGAUGUUGUCUCGAAACCGAGGUUCCACUGCUAGUGUAUGAUUAUGUAUCUAGUGGUUCACUAUCUGAAGUUCUUCAUGCAGAUACAAGUAAUGAUUUUUUUCUGUCUUGGGUUGAUUACUUAAGGAUUGCCCUGGAAACAGCAGGAGCUUUAUCUUAUCUCCAUUCUUCAGCUUCAAUAUCAAUUUUCCAUCGUGAUGUGAAGUCCUCAAAUAUACUCUUGGAUGUGAAUCACACAACUAAAGUGUCAGAUUUUGGUGCAUCCAGACUGGUUCCGAUUAAUCAAACACACAUUGUCACGAAUGUGCAAGGUACAUUUGGAUACUUAGAUCCAGAGUAUUUCCAUACCCGACAGCUGAACGGAAAGAGCGAUGUGUACAGUUUUGGUGUGGUACUAGUGGAGUUGCUUCUUAGAAAGAAGCCUGUUUUUACAAGUGAAUCAGGCACCAUCAUGGGCCUGUCAAGCUAUUUUCUCCAGGAGUUCAGUGAGGGGAGAGUCAUGGGUAUUGUUAGUUCACAGGUCCUGGAGGAGGCAACUGAGGAAGAGAUCAACGGUGUCGCCUCUCUUGCAGAGCGAUGCUUAAGACUGCAUGGUGAAGAAAGACCGACCAUGAAACAGGUGGAGACGGAACUACAGGCUCUACGGGCAAAACAGUCAGAUCCGAGGAAUGAAGAGCAGAUGCAACCAAGGUCAUUAACUCAAAGAACUAGAGCUGCUUGCCAAUCUUCUGCAGCGGGAUUGGGUGAGAGAGCCGACGUGCAGUCAGGAGGCUGUUAUAGCUUGGAGGUAGAGUUCAUGGCAUCUGCUAGCCUUCCACGCUAG